AACUUGUCAAAUUAUUUCCAAAUGCCAGCGUUUCCACCCGUUUCUUUUCCCAUCUGGGUGCUGGAGAUUUUCUCGCUUGUUUUGUCAGCUACAACGCUAAGUACGGAGCACAGCAUUUGCUGGUGCCCAAUAUUGGUUCCAAGCUCGAGAGUUCUUGCCAUUAGUUCCCCCGGGAGAGCGAGAUUCCUCGUCGUGAUGGGCAGGAACCUGUUCGUUUUCUUGAUUUUGAUGGGGUUGAGCUGCUUCGGGUCGGUGUGGCUCGCCGAGUCAAAGCUGCCCCAAGCAGAAGUUGAUGCUCUCCGCAAAAUCACAAGCGCGAUGGGGUCAACAUUCUGGGAUUUUGAUGGCGAUAAUUGUAAAAUACGAAGCGUUGGGUUAACACUGCAGCUGCCAGCGGGAAAUGAAAGUAGGAUUGAUUGCCAAUGCAACAUUGGAAAUGAUACCCUCUGUCAUGUCGUAGGGAUGGUGCUGAAGUUCCAUAAUCUAUCUGGAAUCCUGUCCCCUGAGAUUGCCAAGCUCCCUUACCUCAGAGAGAUUGAUUUUGCUUACAACUACCUCAGUGGUGAAAUUCCUGAUGAGUUGGGUUCCAUGCAGUUGACAUCAAUAUCUCUUCUUGUAAAUCGCUUAUCAGGAGCAAUACCGAAAUCAUUGGCAAACAUUGUCUCUCUGACAUAUCUGAGUCUUGAAGCCAAUCAGUUCUCUGGUCCUGUUCCUCCUGAGCUUGGGAGUUUAAUCAACUUAGGAACUUUGAUUUUGUCCUCCAAUCAGCUAACAGGAAACUUGCCAGCUACAUUUGCUGCGUUAGGAAAUCUGACCGAUUUUCGAAUAAAUGACAACUUCUUCAAUGGCACGAUACCCAAUUUAAUCUCAAACUGGAAGCAGUUGAAAAGACUAGAAAUGCAUGCAAGUGGACUUAAAGGACCCAUUCCAUCACAGGUUUCUUCUUUGGAUGAAGUAGAGCAGCUGAGGAUUAGUGACAUUGAUGGUCCUCUUCAGCUUUUUCCUGCACUGGACAACAUGACAGGCCUAGUGACAUUGGUACUGAGAAGCUGCAACAUAACUGGGCAGAUUCCUCCAUACAUUUGGAGAUUGCAGAAUCUAGAAAUGUUGGAUCUCAGUUAUAACCAACUGACUGGGCAAAUUCCGGCUACAAUCAAUUUGAAGCAUAUAAGAUUCAUAUUUGUUACCGGCAAUUUAUUAACGGGAACUGUACCGGACUCAAUCUUGAUGGAAGGAACCAGUGUUGAUCUUUCAUACAAUGACUUCACAUGGCAAGGUCCUCAGCAGCCUGCUUGUCAAGGAAACAUGAACCUGAACGUGAAUUUGUUUAGAAGCUCCUCAGCAGAAAAUAACUCAGGCAGAGGUGUUCCUUGCUUGGAGAACUUCCGAUGUCCACAUUACUCAAGUUGUUUACAUGUUAAUUGUGGUGGAGAAGAUGAGACCAUCAAGGAAUCUAAGCAGAAGAUCAUCUUUCAAGGAGAUGGACAUGUAGAAGGUGGUGCUGCAAAAUACUAUUUAAAUCUUGAUGAGUUCUGGGGAUUCAGUAGCACAGGGGACUUCAUGGAUGAUAAUGAUAAACAAAAUUUGCGCUAUUCUGUGUUUCUGCCUUCCUCAAAUCUCAGUGUCUUGGAUGCAACAGCACGAAAGGCCCCGAUUUCACUGACUUACUUUCAUUAUUGCUUGGAGAACGGGAUGUACACAGUGAAACUCAGAUUUGCAGAAAUACAGUUCACUAACGACAGAACAUAUAACAGCCUUGGGAGGCGGGUAUUUGAUAUUUUUGUUCAGGGGAAGUCAAUGCAGAAGGACUAUAAUAUUGAGAUUGCAGCAGGUGCUGCUCAAAAGCCAAGAGAAGAAGUCUAUAAUGUCAGCGUGACGAAUAAUAUGCUGGAGAUUCGUCUACUUUUUGCUGGAAAAGGGACAACGAGAAUUCCUAGAAGUGGAGUUUAUGGUCCACUUAUUUCUUCCAUUUCUGUAGUUUCAGAUGUCAAAGGGUGCUCAAGAGGUGGAAAACAAAAAACUGCUUAUAUUGUAGUUGGAGUUGGCGCCGGAGCAUUUUGCAUUGUUCUCUUAUCACUCUGUAUACUUAAGUGGAAAGGCUAUUUCCGAGGAAGAACCAACAGAAGACAAGGCAUGGAAGGACUAGAUCUGCAGACAGGGACAUUUUCCUUGAAACGAAUUAAAGCUGCAACAAACGACUUUGAUUCUGCAAACAAGAUUGGGGAAGGCGGUUUUGGUGCUGUCUACAAGGGUCAAUUAAAUGAUGGCACUGUAAUAGCAGUUAAGCAGCUCUCAUCGAAAUCGCGACAAGGAAAUAAAGAAUUCCUGAAUGAGAUAGGAAUGAUAUCAUGCUUACAACAUCCAAAUCUUGUGAAGCUCCACGGGUGCUGUAUUGAAGGAGAUCAACUAUCGGUGGUUUACGAGUAUAUGGAGAACAACAGUCUUGCUAGAGCCUUGUUUGGUCCAGAAAAUCAUCAACUUCAACUAGACUGGCCCACGAGACAUAAGAUCUGCACGGGGAUUGCUAAGGGUCUCGCUUUUCUACAUGAAGAGUCUAGAAUCAAGAUUGUCCACAGAGAUAUUAAAGCCACUAAUGUGCUGCUCGAUCGAGAUUUAAACCCAAAAAUAUCAGACUUUGGACUGGCCAGGCUUAAUGAAGUAGAGAAGACUCACAUUAGCACCAAAGUUGCUGGAACCAUAGGAUAUAUGGCUCCAGAAUAUGCAUUGUGGGGUUACCUCACAUACAAAGCCGAUGUGUACAGCUUCGGAGUUGUGGCCUUGGAGAUAGUUAGCGGGAAAAGCAAUAACGGUAGCCUGCUGAGUGAUGACUAUAUUUGCCUAUUGGAUUGGGCAUGUCAUUUGCAGCAAACUGGGAACUUGAUGCGGCUUGUCGACGAGAAUUUAAGGACCGAAGUCAACAUAGAAGAAGCGGAAAUCAUGGUAAAAGUCGCUCUUUUGUGCACGAAUGCAUCUCCAUCUCUGAGGCCAACAAUGUCCGAGGCGGUGAACAUGCUCGAGGGAAGAAUGGCCGUACCGGACGUGAUCCCGGAGCCGAGCACCUACCACGAAGAUCUGAGGUUCAAAGCCAUGAGAGACCUCCGCAAGCAAGGGCAACAGCACAGUUACACCGAAAGCCAAACCGAGAAUUCCACGACCACCAACACGUUCCGGUCUUUGUCAAGCACCUCCACUCAAGAUUUGUUCGAAAAAUCCAGACCGGCAUGCCCAACUCAUGCCCGUCUCGAACUAGCGAAUCGGAGUCCCAUCGCCAUUACUGAAGAAAAGGUUCCUCGGCCGUGGGAACUUUCAUCGGUGGAAGCAGAAAAACUCGACGAGGCCUAGUGGCGAGGAAAUCUGAGAUGUGCAAAAGCUGUACAAUUAGGAAGGAAGCAUUAACGCUUGUAUAGGCAACUCAUUUCUUACUUAGUUACGUUUCUUAGGUGUUUCAAGCAAAGCGUCGAUGAGUUAUCGAUACAGGUUUGCCCAAAUUACUGUACAGUGUAUCGAACUACCUGUGUUUAUGCCGAAUAAUUCAUUUUC